AUGCUGAAGUUUGUGGCUCGCUUCAUCCUCCUCACCUCCGCAGUUCACGCAGGUCUGCUGAGAAAAAGACCAACUUGCCCGCAGGUGUGCGACGCGUCUGAGUGCCCUGUACCGGCGCAGGCCUGUUACUACGGGCAGGUGAAGGAUGGAUGCGGCUGCUGCGUGGUGUGCGCGGCCGGGGAGGGCGAAGCCUGCGGGGACCUGAGCGGUGGCGGCCUGCCCUGCGGCGACGGGCUGCGCUGCGACUCGGUCCGGGGGAAGCUCGGCGCGCUCCACAGCUCCUGCGUGUGCGCCUCAUCCGGCCCGGUGUGCGGCAGCGACGGGAGGACCUACCCGAGCGCGUGCCGCCUGAGAGCCGAGAACAGGAGAGCCGAGCUCGGCGAGACCCCCCCGGUCAUUCUCAUCCAGAGAGGCUGGUGUGAUUCAGGAAUGCAACAUCCAGGAAGUAUGCGCUACAAGUUCAACUUCAUUGCAGACGUGGUCGAUAAGAUUGCCCCAUCUGUGGUGCAUCUGGAACUUUUCCAAAGACUGCCAUUUUUCAGUGAGGAGGUCUCUGUGUCGAGUGGCUCCGGGUUCGUAGUGUCGGAGGACGGCUGGAUCAUCACCAACGCUCACGUCCUCACCAACAAGCAGCGGAUAAAAGUAGAGCUGAAAAGUGGUUCGCAGUACGAUGCCACAGUCAAGGACGUGGACCAGAGGAUGGACAUCGCGCUCAUCAAGAUUGAACCAGAAAGCCCCCUGCUUCCGCUUCGUCUCGGCCAGUCCUCAGACCUGCGCCCCGGUGAGUUCGUGGUGGCGGUGGGAAGCCCGUUCUCUCUGCAGAACACAGUCACCACCGGCAUCAUCAGCACUACCCAGCGCAACAGCCUGGAGCUGGGCUUUAAGGACUCUGACAUGGACUACAUCCAAACCGACGCCAUCAUCAAUUACGGCAACUCUGGUGGACCGCUUGUCAACUUGGACGGAGAUGUAAUAGGCAUAAAUACUCUGAAAGUGGCUGCAGGAAUCUCGUUCGCCAUCCCCGCGGACAGAAUACGGCAGUUCCUCGCUGAAUCCUACAGCAGACAAGUCAGCGGAGAUACAGCACAAAAGAAGAAAUACAUAGGUGUUCGGAUGAUGCAGCUCACACCUUCUUUGAUCCAAGAUCUCAAGGAGCGCGAGGGUGACUUUCCUGAUGUGAGCUCAGGCGUUUACAUUUAUGAGGUCAUACCUGGAACAGCUGCAUCCAGCGCCGGCAUGAUCGAUCACGACGUCAUCGUCGGCAUCAACGGGCGGCCCAUCCACACCACGCAGGACGUGAGCGAAGCCGUCCAGAGCGGCGCCGCGCUUUCCGUGGUGGUGAGACGAAAAGAUGAGGAUGUACCGCUAACUAUCGUUCCUGAAGACACUGACUGACACCACUGACUGUAAACGUCAGCCAUUAGGGAAAACGUGAACUUGUGAAAACAGCUGCUGGUGAUGGGCCCUGCGUUGCUUUUGUGGUUAGGAGAGCAAGAUACUUUGAGUACGAAAGAGAAAAACCCUUCGGUGAUUUUGUCCAUUUCUCAGAAUGAAAGAGCAAGAGCUUCUUUCUAGAGCCACCUUUUAACAAGAAUGUCCACCAAUCAUAGAGGAAGAAAUCAUCCGCGGUUGAUAUGCAAAUUUCUGCACCCAUGGCAUUAUGGAGCAAGACACAUCAUGUUCCAGCUGACUGAGCCAACACACCACAGUAGUAAACACACCCCGGUAUCCACAAACUACAGUGGCAUGCCCAUACAGCCUACUUCUUUCAUAUCGUUCUGAAAGAAAGAAAUGAAGGAGCAUUGGAGUUCCAUUUGUGGUGCGUUGAAACAUGACAUUUCAGCACCAGCUUGCACAGACACUGUAGCUUUACUGUGCAUAGACCUCACUGUGAAGUAUCACACCAGCUGCUGACAUCGUGUUCUGUGGAUGAUCCAGAGUAACGGGGACAUUGAGCCUCAUGCAAGAACAUUUUCAUAUUCUUAUCUUAAUAAUCUCACAAGCUUGCUUUUUUUCAUGAGGUUUGUUCGUACAAAUGUUCCGAGUCAGGUUCACCAAACUUUCUCGACUCUACAUCGCUAAUAAAUACCACCUUCAAGAGGAUUCCACCAACCCGUCAUUGCAGUUGCAUUUACAUCCAUGUCAGUCCAGACUCAUAUAAUAUAUGUAGUGAAGACUGUGAAGGGAUUUAGUGAAAUGAAUUUAGUGUAUUUUCUGGUUAAAUAGAAGUUGUCACUAUAUUGACAUGAAUGAUUCCAGUGAAUCAUUUCUAGUGAGAAGCAUGCCGUCUUCACUUAGAGACUAUUUUUCCAGAGGAGCACAGAGGACUGAUGGAGAGCUUCAUCACAUGGUGCAACAACAAUCACCUGAAGAUCAAUAUCAGCACAACCAAUGAGCUCGUGGUGGACGACAAGGCUUUUAAUUUUUAAUUUAAUUUUUAAAUUUUAUUCACUUUAUUGAUCCCAAACUGGGAAAUUCUUCUCUGCAUUUCACCCAUCACUGUUUUGAAACACACACAUGCAACA